AUGAAUAACUGUGAGAACGCAAAUACUAGCACGAAGCUAUGUGGAAAUAAGAACUUGGAGAUUCAGGAGGAGUCUGUCACAAACAAUUUCAUAGGCAAUUCUGAUAAGGGUGAAGGAGACACAUUGACAGGUUAUUGCGUAAAUGAUUUCAAUAUUCCGCAAGGCACCUUGGUCAUUUGCCAGAGAAAUUCCAGUAAUUACCCGGCCGAUCACGGCGUCUCGAGAUUUAAAUCCAGGACUAGCGGAGGACCGCGCAAUGAUUAUCGAAUGGCUCGUGGAGGAAGUACCGGAGACCGCGGCCGAGGCGGCUCAAGGGGUAGAGCCUUCAAGAAGACGUCCGUCGAAAGGGACACAAAUUCAGAGACAAGCUAUCACGCUAUGCCUCGACCCAAGUUUCAAGAAUCGCUGAAAAAUCAAGAGAAUUCGCAGAUCAAAUAUUACGAUGAUAAAAAAAUAAAUGAGGAUUCAAGAAUAUCUAAACUCCUUAGACGACUUAGUCGGGACGAUGACUACGACCAUUUUAUGGGACUUUGCAAGCAAUUGCAGGAAGUCAUAAUGGCGCCUGAAAAUCAGAGAUAUGUCAGACGCAGUAUAGAAGUUAUAUGCGACACUUUACUGGACACUUUACGCUCUGGUCCUGGUCCGGACGCAAAACAACAGGCAGCUAAGUGCCUGGGUCAUGUUGGAUAUGUUGUCGAUCAUGAUUUUAAAAGAUUCAUGGAAUGGAUAUUUAGCAAAUACACUUCGGAACGUAAAGAUGACGUCAAAUGUCUUUUAAUGAAAUCAUUUGUCGAGACAUUCAGAUUGGAUGCGGAAGCGCCAAAAUUGAAAGAAUAUUCCGUGCCAAUGAUGUCACAACUACAAUCGACACUGGAAAAUGUUGACCGACCAGAUCUCUUAAUGGCCACCGUAGACGCGAUACUGUUAAUUAUCGACUCGUAUCCUGAAACAUUUUCAAACCACUUUCGCGACACAGUCGACAUCCUCGUCGGCUGGCACAUAGAUUCCACACAGCAAAAACACGUGGUGGCUUAUGCAAGUCGAAGUUUACAGAAACUACGAAACUUCUGGAUCGCCGAUUUGCAGUUCACUUUAACGCUCUUAGGGCAAUUUCUUGAAGACAUGGAAAGCUACGACGAGGAGUUGACGUUACCGGGUUCUGGAAGAAGUUCUCCUGGUGAAGAUGUAUCGCCAAGUCCACGUGAAUGCAUUCUACGUAUUACAUCUUUAAUAUCAGUCUUCAAUACAGUGACGAAGAGCAUCGCCGAGCACUUGAAUCCUAAUUUAACGCCAAACGUGCAGUGGUCAUUCUUAUCGGAUUGUUUGUCGAAGAUGCUGCGUACCGUAGUGAAGGCCGUCGAGCUAGACGACGGCAAUGAGACCUGGACAAACUUUGGCCUCUCUCACGAGAACACAGAGAGCCUCACCAGAUUUAUGAAGAGUAUGAAUCUGUCUCAGAAGAAUAUAGAAAUGCUACUAAAAAACCUGAGCAAGGAUGACACGAAUGAGGAGAGCCUCAUCAGGAUGAUAAAGUCGUUAAACAUCGGAAAAAGGAAUGACAGGAAGAACUCAAAGAUCGGCUCCGAGAAAGAUAUCUCCCCCAAGGAAAAAGAACAGUCCCUGAUAAAUCUAUUGAAAUCCAUGGACCUGAAGGGAAAGAAGUGUCGGGAUCUCUCGGAGGAGAAAGAGGAGCUCAUCGUUGUAGCCAACGAGUGCGCAUUUCUUCUCUUAGGUCAUCUUCAGAGUCGUAUUACCAAGAAUCAUGAUCUUCUUUACAAGUUUAUCGAUCUCCAGCUUCAGAAGGUUGACAUCUUCGGGGACGAUACGAUAGUUUCCACCCUGAGCACUAUCGCCAAGGUCAUCAAGGAAGUAUCAGCUAAUUUACCACUGGAACUAGUUCACAAGCUUCUUGGACAGAACUCAACGCUUCUCAAACUACGUGUCCGAAAUUCCGUACCUAUUCAGAAUGCCAGUCUUGGAGUAUACCACAGCCUCCUUAGCCUGAAGAAUAUUCCUCUGCUCCAAGAAGCCUAUCGGUAUAUCCUGGCUGAUCUGGAGAUCGCUUACAGGCUUAUAGUUAACGACAUAAAGCCUCUAGUUACCGAUAACCCGUUAGUCGACGUCAAGUACAAAAAGGGUCACGCGGAAAUCGUAGUGAUCUUCUUGCUACGCGCUUUAUCCGACAUAGCAAAUGCAAGCAACUCGAUUAUUGGUAUGUGGGCGCUGAAACCGAGCAUCCUGGAACUAUUAGCAGUUAAAUUAAAACCCUAUGACCAGGCUUUAUCCAAGGCUAAUCCUCUUCUGCAAUACAGUAUUCUAUAUCUACUCUAUGCACACUGUUCAAGAUACAACCACUUCGUACCGAGUUCCAGCCUGAUAAAUAGUACAAAUGCCUGCCGUCCAAUCGACAUAUUUCCAGGAACACUGGACGUACCCACCACGUCACCAACCAGUGGCCACUUGUCGGUCAUUUUAAAUCUUAUUGCGAAAACGUACAAAAAAGAAACUCCUGGUCAGACUCUACUUUUGCUUGCGAACUGGGUACAGGAGAUAUCCAGCCAAGCUGAAAAUUAUAUUGGAAUCCUGAAUAAAACCGAAGAAUGUCAGAAUGUUAUAAGUAGUCUACUUGCUUGUGGUGCUACGACCAACCACGAGAUAGCACUGGCUGUUUGCAACAACUUCGAGGUUUUGAUGAGUGUGAAAAGUGUCACUUGGCCUGAGCAAAUCUAUGUAGAUAUUGUUGAACUCGCCAUAUUGCAUUUGACAUCGUAUAACAAGAACGUGCGUGAGAAGUACAGUCGGCUUCUCAUGAAUGUACCACUUAAUAUUGUUAUCCCAAAACUAAACAAAGAAUGCCUUAUAUCAGAGACAAAGAAACUUCAAGAGAUCAAGAACUACUCAAGAGAGUCUCUGAUUCUAGCGGAAAGACUUCACAUGCGUGGAAACAACAAUGGUGAAAUGCAGGCUCAUCAUUUCAAAACUCAUAUGGGAUUUUUAAUGAGAGAGAAUGAACUAGACGUCUCUGCCCUUAUGGAACUAUUUACGUUGUGCUGGCCGACCGUAUCUGAAAACGAGAGUAUUGGUAAAAUGUACGAAAUGGCUUUGGCCAAUCGAUGCUUUCUCUUCUUCUGGGGCACUUUGGAAGCUGCUCAACAUUGUGUCAUUAACAAACUACGUACGUCACUAGGAAAGCCGCAGGAAACUUUUACGACAUUUGAAAGUGCUUUGAAAAUGCUGGCGCGUGAGAUCUCAUGCAAUUCCGAAGCUGUUAAGAAAGAGGGGUGCAAGUUGGAUUAUCUAUUGGAUGAAUAUACGCGUGUACGACUCUUCAUAGAGUUCCUGGAACAUCUUGAGAGAGUUAUUCAUAAUGCUGCAGAGGGAUGUGCGAUGGCGUUGCUACCCUUGUCAAAACCAGUCAGAACCUUUUUCCAUACGAAUCGAUCCACAUGCAAGGAGUGGCUCAAUCGCAUAAGACUUGCCCUUUGCGUUGUUUCUUUACAUGCAGGAUUGGCCACGAAUGCUGUGAGGAAUGGACAGCGUCUCCUGGAAGACUUGAGCAAUGCUGAUAAUACACAAGGUCCCGAAUUCGAAAGAGCUGUUCUACUUACAACUAAGGCAUUGGUUAUGCUGGGUGAAGCUGAAGCAUUGCAGGGCCUUUACGUUUACACCAAGGAGAAGGAUCGCAAGUUCGUGUGGCUUAAAGCCGCCAUGGAACAUGCUGCAGGUCACUAUGAGUCUGCUGCGGAGAGCUACAAACAGAUUAUAGAGGAAUUAGUAUCCACGAAGUCAGAGGAUGAAUCCAAACUUGUGAAAUUUGACAGCGAGAUACAGGCCACUGCGUUUUGUAUGCAGUACUUGAUCAAGUGUUACAGGGCUUUAGGAGACUGGAAACAACUUGAAUCAUGGAAGAAGCAGGAAAUGGAAAUACUGAACCAAGACGAAAAUAUUCUUCUCAAAAAACAAAUAUUAGAGACCACAGUCCCACAACAAGCAAAGUGUUUGACUAAAUUUGAAGAGGGUGAAGUUAUCACCUUUGAGGAAUUAAGUAACUGGGCUUUGUUCGAUGAGGAAGACAAGACUAAUUGGAGUUGCACAAAGUCGAUGAUUGAAUGUUCGAAUACUUUGAUGAAUGUUGCCCUAAGAGUGCACCAUAAUGAUUAUAAUGAUUCAUACAGCGAAGAUAUAGAGCGUUGCAGAAGAAUUGCGGCCAAAGCGACAGAGGAAGGAUUGCGAAAUUUACCAUCUGAAUAUUUAAAUGAAUCUGUACUUAUACAGUAUUGUGGAACAGGUCUUUCUAAUUUACUGAAUGGCAAGGCUAAUAACGUGUUUGAUCUCUACCGAGUGGAUAAGAUUAACUACCUAGACUCUGGUGUUCUUACACAAAUUCUAUGGUGGUCUGAAUACUUUGCUAAAGCGAAUAACAUCUGCUCCAAUGAGGUGGCCAGUCUGAGACUUCAUGUUGUCAGAAAUGCAAGAAAGGAAGGAAAUUUCAAUCUGGCUAAACGUGAAAUCACAAAACACUUCAUGACUGAGCAAGACUUGUUCAACAUUAAUUACAAAGAGAAUUGUACCUUUUCGGAUAUUGUGGCUAACAUGCUUGACGCUCCUAUUUGUGUUAAGUGGUCGAAAAACAAUAUGAGAGCGUUUAGGGAAACAUCAAAACUUCUUUACAGGAUGGAGAAUGUCGAGGAUGCUUUGAAAGUGUGUAGCGUAACAGCCCUGGGAAUUUCACAGACCAUAGUAAACGGCGAGCAAACAGUUGAACUGCGUGAGACUGGUACGAAGCUACUUCUUACACUUAGCAAGUGGAUUCAGCAAGAUGCUAAGAUCAACGAUAAUUCACAGUUGGAAGAAUUGCUGAGAUUCGAGGCUCUGCAUAAUGAUGGACUUAUGGAUAAAUUGUUCGGAGAAACUACGGAUCUAAUUCCUUCGUCGGACAUGGUGAUAGGGAAACUCAUGCAACUCGGUGUCAAUCAAUGUCCAGACUUACCACCAGCUUGGUCAAAUUUUGCUGCUUGGUGCUAUAAGUGGGGCAGAAAGAUUGUUGACAAUUCAAAUUCAGGUCAAUUGACUGAUACGGAUCGCAUGAAUAUUCAGUCUCUACUGCCAAUGGACAUACCGGAAAGUGAUCUAAAUGCCAUUUUCUCUAUUCUCAGUCAGAACAAAACUAUUCCUGAGGACGAGGGCGACAUAGACACGAACGAUGUGAAUACCUCAGAGAUGAUAGAAAAUCAAUUGAGAAAUGUAUGUACACUGAGUUGUGCCAGUAACGAACAUCUGGGAAUGCUGGUAGAUAUCUGGAGACAAGCUCAGAAGAGAAUCUACUCUUAUUACGAGCUUUCGGCUAAUGCUUAUUUCAAGUAUCUGCAAUUAGCUAAUAAAGAAACAAAUGAUUGCGCUACGAUUACAGCGACACUCAGAUUACUGCGGUUGAUCGUGAAGCACGCAUUGGAAUUGCAAAACGUUCUAGAAGCUGGACUGUCUGCAACUCCAACUGGACCCUGGAAGGAGAUCAUACCGCAAUUGUUUUCACGUUUGAGUCACCCGGAAUCCUACGUUCGUACACGAGUGGCAGAGCUUCUUUGUCGUAUUGCUGAAAAUUCGCCACACUUGAUCACGUUUCCUGCUGUAGUAGGUGCGGAAUCCGGACAGAAGAGAAGCUUCGAAAAUCCUGCAUAUGUGAAGCCGGAGAAUGACGGUUCUCAGAACGAUCUGGACUUCUUAGAAGAAGAUAACAACGAGAGCAAUCAACCGGAUGAAAGUCAGUGCUUCCUAGACAAUUGCUUCCUGCAACUAUCCGAUUGUCUUUUGAACAGAAUUCAAGAUUCUGUGGAACAUGUCAGAGUCCUCGUGAGGGAAUUACGUAGAAUCACUUUACUAUGGGAUGAAUUGUGGUUAGCAACUCUAUGUCAGCACCAUACUGAAAUUUCGAAGAGAUUCGAGCAAUUAGAUCUCGAGAUUCAAAAAGUAUUGGAUAAUGUGUGGAUAACUCCUGAAGAGAAGGAGAAACUCAUCAUUGAAAAACAUAGAAUCAUUAUUAAACCUAUCAUUUUCAUCCUGGAAAAUUUACUGGUGAUUACUUCCGUACCUGCGGAGACUCCUCACGAGAAGAAUUUUCAAGAGAAAUUUGGUCCCUGUAUCGACGAGGUUAUAAACAGAUUGAAGAAUCCCAAAAAUCCGGCUAAGCCUCAGCAAAGUAGUUUACCAUUGAAGCAAUUGGAAGCAAAAUUGGCGCAAAGAGUUCAUAAACGUGGCACCUAUAAUUUGGCUAUGUCGGACAUAAGUCCCGUUUUGGCGAACAUGAAGGACACCCGUAUAGCUAUGCCUGGAGUUAAUUCCAUGGAUAACAAAGUUAUCACUAUCAAAUCUGUGGAUAAUAACGUACAGAUUUUACCGACUAAGACCAAACCGAAAAAGUUAGUUUUUCAUGGUUCAGAUGGACACGUUUACACGUACCUGUUCAAAGGCUUAGAGGAUUUGCACUUGGACGAGCGGAUUAUGCAGUUCUUGAGCAUCUGUAAUACUAUGAUGUCUAAGAAUAAUGACACCAAGAAAAUCUACAGGGCACGACACUAUUCAGUGAUACCACUAGGUCCAAGAUCUGGUCUCAUUCAAUGGGUAGAUGGCGUGACUCCACUCUUUGCUCUGUAUAAACGAUGGCAGCAAAGAGAAUCCGCAAUGGCUUCUAAGGGUGGUAAUUCUUCGUGUUUACGACCAUCUGAAUUAUUCUACAAUAAAUUAGCGCCGUUGUUGAAAGAGAGAGGUAUUGCUUUAGAAAACAGGAAGGAAUGGCCACUUCCAGUCCUCAAGCAAGUCCUGGCUGAGCUAAUGGCAGAGACACCAAAGGAUUUACUAGCUAAGGAAAUUUGGUGUAACAGCAUCAAUGCAGGAAGCUGGUGGCAGGCAACAAAGAAUUAUUCUUACUCCGUUGCAGUGAUGUCCAUAAUUGGGUACAUCAUAGGACUUGGGGAUCGUCAUCUGGAUAACGUUCUGGUUGAUCUCAAUACUGGCGAAGUCGUUCACAUCGAUUACAACGUCUGCUUUGAGAAGGGCAAGACAUUACGUGUACCUGAGAAAGUUCCAUUUAGAAUGACACCAAAUAUCAAGACUGCACUAGGCGUGACAGGUGUCGAGGGUAUAUUCAGACUGACUUGUGAGCACACACUGAGAGUAAUGCGUCGUGGUCGUGAAACUCUUCUAACUCUACUGGAAGCCUUUGUGUAUGAUCCUCUUGUCGACUGGAGAGCUGGUGCGGAGAAUAGUAUUGCGACCUAUGGUGCUUGCCAGGCUCGAGCUCGAUGCACCGGUGUUGGAAGAAAGGAACUUGAAAAGGAAGUAGCCAGGGCGAUGUUCGCUGUGAGAACCGUGGAGAUGCGUGCCGAGUGGUUGGCUAAUAGGGACGAAUUGGGGGAGGCUUUCCCAUCUUUGUGUCAUCAGUUGACUAGAUGGAUAGAAGCUACUGAAGCUUUGCAGCUAUGUCAAGAUCUACUUCAGGAUAGACAUCAGCAACUUGCACUGGUGAAAGAGGCACAAGCUAUGGGACGUAAUCAUGCAUUGUACACAGUUGUCAAGAGAUACAAUACUUUUAAAAGAGCCCGAGAUGCACACGAAAAGGCUAAGGCAGGUUUAAAGGAAAAGAUUGAGGAAUGCGAGAAACAUAUCAAUAUGCAUAAUAUCGCCCUAACGGCCGUCAGAGGACCGCAGCUUGGUCAAUGGUUAGCGGAAGUGGGUACACCAACGACUCAGGAUGAUCACUUGGUAUUCGACCUGGUGAAGGAGUUCCUACAGAAUGCAGGACAAAGUCAGAUGAUCGUACAGUGUGAACAGUCUGAAAAUGAAUUAACACAAUUAGCCACGCAGCAAUCGAUACUCAUACGCAGUUGUCUAGAUCUGCUCAGUCAGUAUUCAGCGAUCUGUAGUCUCUAUCCAAUCAGCACCAUGUCGCAGCAUCGUUCAGUUGUCUAUCACGCAUGGGCAAAUAAAUUAUUGGCAACAGGAACAGUCGAAGCCUGUCACGAGGUGAUAUCUCAGUUUGAGACAAAUUUUGAUCCAAUGACUGUGAACAAUCCUCAGGUUCAGCAGGUCGUUACUUUCUCGUAUCAACUGCAAACUAUCUUGGCUGAGUCUAACGAGAAACUCAAGAAGUCGUACGAGAGGAUGGUCAUGGAAGGAUUACCAGAGAGCUUAAGCAGAAUUGACAAAUCAUACUCGGAGUCACGUAUUCAGAUAACCAAUUUCCUCAGACGAGAAAAGGGAGCAGAGAGGGCGUUGGAGUGUGUCAAUAUCACAGCACUUUGUGCUUUGAAUAAAAGAUAUCUUAUGAUGGAGGGUGCUGCUAAGUGUGCUGGAGACUGUCUGGUGGACUUGACAUCUCGUGAAGGUGAUUGGUUCCUGGAUGAAAUGAGACUUAUGUCGUCGCUUGUGGCUGAACUGGUCACUCUCAUACCAGAAAAUCACAAAUCUAAUAACGAUGCUAAAAUACCUAUUGUCCUGAAGUGUCUCAGGAGUGCUGAUUGCAUUUACAAAGGACUCCAGGAAUUAAACUACAAUUUCCAUACCAUCAUUCUUCCUGAAGCUAUGAAAACAAUCAUCACGGAGGAACCUACUGUCAUGAGAAUGAUCAGCGAACUAGACGAGAUCAUCGUCUCCAUCGGCUUCCCACUGAACGAGAUACUCGCGCAGCUAGAGAUGCACCUUAGGUUUACCGUAAUGGAAAUGGAAAGUCCACAUGCCAUUGUACAGAGUCUCGUUGCUAAUAUUAGACUACGAUUCGAGACGUUACUAUCCAGACCUGCUGAUGUUCAGGAACUGAACCAGGAUGAGACGUUGACACCUGGACAGAUGCUUCUUAUGGGUUUCAAUGGACUUUUUGAAAAGCUGCAGAUGGAAGGGAAUGCUCUUGUGAGUACCCUGAGCACUCUGGAUAUUCCAUCAAGCUGGAAGAAAAUUGAUCAGAUACGCGAAGCUAAGGAACUCGCUGCUCCAAUAUUUAAUGAAGCAGCUCGUAAUGUGUUGGAAGAUAUAUUCUUGAUUAAGAGACUUCAUACCAUACAAGAAUUCUUCAUGAUGUGUCACGAUAUUUCCACAGCCUUCAAGGCUGGAUUAGCUAAUGUGUAUGAUGACGACAGACUGAACAAACCAGUUAGAGUGUUCACUGCGGAUUAUGUUUCAAGACAGCUACUAGGAGUCACGUCGCAAACUCUGGCCAUUGCUCUUUGCUUCCUGUUACAAAGAAUGGGAUUAAAUGUCACGUCAGAAAUUGAACAAAGGGAUAUCGGCGCAGAGAGCAAAGUCUCUCUCGAGGAAUUGUGUAGGAAAAUUGUGGAUCUGUGCUCCAAGAGAGGAUUGUUCUCUGGUCCAAUAUUGACCCAGGCAAGCGCUUUGAGUAGCGCUCUCGAGGCGUCCUGGAGAAGGAAACAAAGUGCCAGGAUGGCGCAACAGAGUGUUGAGAUAGCUAGAGCAAGCAUUCAGAGACUUCAACUUCAGCUGACAGCACAUUAUUGGUUACACGAAGACAGUUUACUACUUCGUUCCAAUUUAAAUCUUAUGAAUCCUCUAAAUCGACCUACGUUCAUGCUGGAGUUGCGUAAAACCGCAGCCACACUUUCAAGCUUGCAAUCACGAGUCUGUGAUGCAAGGGAACAACAGCAAAAUCUUGUGGCUAGUGCCGGACAGCGUUUGAAAUGGGCAGCUGGUGCAAAUCCGGCCCUCGGAGAGGUCAUGUCUGCAUUCGACAACGCCGUGGCCACUUCUUGCGAGAAACUUACCCGACAGCAUAAUCUAGCGGCCAUCGUCAUAAACACAUGCAACGCCAUCUUGCAUUACGAGGCGCUUAGAACUCGAACGUCUGAGAGCGUGACAAAUGACACGAAUUUCUUAAAAUUACUUAAACACUGGGAAGAGAGCUGCAUGCUGACGGCGAACCUCACAAUCACCGUCACAAUGACGGAAGAGAGUCUGGUGGAAUUGCUACAGCUGGAAAACAACGUGGACGCCAAUUGGCUGCGACAGGCUGAAAAAUUGAUCUCAGACGCAAUUGUCGACACGCAAAAAAAGCUCCAAGAGAAGCAGGAGUCCCUAGUACUGGCUCAAGACUGCCUCCGAGAACGUGUUUCGAGUCUUCAAUGUAUAAUAGCCGAGCAUCACCGACUGAUGACAGACGUUCGCGGAUUGCUACGAACUAUGGCUAAACAAGAGAAUAUCGUGGGCCUGCACGAAUUCCUGGGGUCAUAUCGUUGCUUCACAGAGAAGAUCUCGAUGGUGGUGAAGGAAUUAGAAUCCGAGAGUUUAGAUACGGCCAGAGCACUAGCAGUCAAAUCUGACCUGGAGGAGAUGAUGGUGAAAGCACCUGCCUUGUACAACGAGCUCCUGGAGUUUGCCAAUGAGCAGCGUAAUAGUCCGUCAAUCUCCAAAGAGUGUCUGUCUAAGAAGAAAGCGAAGCUGAUAAGACAGGACAGUGUGUGUCUCAGUCCCAAGAAAGGAGUACCACUUGUUAGAGAUCCAACUACUGGAAAAGCUGUGCAAGAGAGGAAUGCAUACGCUUUGAACGUGUGGCGCCGUGUGCGGAUGAAACUGGAAGGUCGCGAUCCGAAUCCGGCGCGGAAGUAUACGACGGCCGAACAAGUGGAGUACGUGAUCCGAGAGGCCCAGAGCUCGGACAACCUGGCCCUUCUAUACGAAGGUUGGACUCCGUGGGUCUGAACGAAUGGAAACCGGCGCUAGCGCGCCGCUGGUUUAACUUUCGUCUGACGGGGUACAAAAAAUCGUACCAUCUACUGCCCUACGUCGUAGUGGCAAUUCCACUGUCCGAUUGGGUGCGAGAUACCUUCUUCUGGGAGAAACAACCAAUAUAAAUACGGUUCAGGGCUAACCGUGCUCAUACGUCGAAAAUCUCGCGAAGCUAACUGAACAGGUCCUCGGGCACUGAUUCUAUGAUUAUCUUAAAACGAAGUAGCGUGCGACUCUUGGCGCCAUUUUUCUUUCUUCUUCUCAUCAUCUGAACAGGCAUUCAAUUGUCACGGUCACACUGUCUCCCUUGUUCUUAUAAUUCCUUCCGAUUACUUACUUCUUUUCAUUUUUUAAACUUGCCUUUCUCUUCUAUUCUUUCUCAUUUUUCAUUAUUCUAAUAGGCAAGGGCGAGAUAUGCAGAUCGUAAUGAAAGAAAAGAAACUUGAGCUCCAUUCAAAUGAGUCAAGAGCUAUUCUAUUUGAGAGGAGACCUAUUGCGCCAGGAACGAUGACCAAUGUUCUCUUGUAUAGAGGAAUAAGGUACAUGCGAAUCUGUAGCAAUGGAAAGAAGCCUUUAAGAGACUAUGAAGAUCAUGCAAGGAUAUUGUUUUAUUACAAUGAGAUCAAAGAGACGAAGGACGUGUAGUCUUAGUCUAGUAUAAUGAAUGACUGGAUAGACAUAGGAUGGCUUAGAUGAAUGGAGAAUAAAAGGUGCGAGAAUAUGAUUGUUUCCUGUGACAGAAUUUAUUGCUUAGCUCUAAACGAGUCGCCAGAUUACGAAGAAAAUUAAGAAAGGUUUGGGAGUUGAUUCUAUCUGAAUAAUAAAUUCGACUAAGGAAGAGUCAUAUGUGCUGUUUGAGUACUACGUUAGUCAUAGGAGAUCGUCAGACUUUCUUGCACGUAACCGGGAGGAGCUAAUUUUUUUGAGAGAAACAUAGAAUCUGCCACGUGUUUAUUUUAGUAAGAUAGUUAUGAGAAGUUUAUGAUAAGUGCUGAUCAGCUGAAUGCUGAUUGUUCCAACUUCAGCCGACGACGAUGACGAUGACGAGGAUGAGGAUGAUGAUGGGGAAUGAUGAUGAUGAUAAUGUUGACGGGGGUGGAAAUGACGAUCAUGUCCAUUGACGGACGAUUAGCGUAAAUCGCUAAACAUGUUAUCAUAUUCAGGUAUAAUGCCUGAUAUUAUUAAUUGCUGGGGUCGCAUUGUUGAUUCGCUAGAUAAAUGUUACAUGGAUAUUUUCGAAAUUGAUCCAGAUUUAUCAGGUGCUGAUCAUUUGGUAUUUCCAAAUUGCUUCUUUUUCAAGUGUUGAUAUUGAAUUUGAAUUCUGUCAUUUGAUUUUACAUAAUAGCAAAAAGAAUUUUAGUUUGUUUUACACGGGAGAGACUGAAGAUGUAACUAUAAAACUAAAACCAAAAUUGUAUAUUGUCACAAUACUUGAUUCAUGAGCUGACACAUUGAUGCCAAAUUAUUUAGUCUUGUUCAAUGACGUUUUAAGCACUUUCUAAAAAGAAACUAUGAAAAUAUCAAAUUUGACUAUAUCAAUGUUUCCUUUAAAAAAAUGAUUUGUCUAACAACAACGUAUACCAAUUAAAUCAUUAUAAUCAUGGAUACUAUAAAACUUACAAAAAAGUCUGUAAAAAGAUUUUUUUUAGAAUUUUUCUCAUGCAAUCUUUAUACAUAAACUGCAGUCUUGUGUAAAAAUUAAUUUGUUAUAUCAGAAAAAAUUAAUAUAUCAAUUGUAAAGUGAAUCAGCAAAGAAGGCCCCUCAAUUAGCCGCCGCUUUUCUUACAUGAGCGAUAAGUUGCAAAGAUCACAAAGAUAAGCAAUGGCGGUAGCUUAAUUUAAGCUAUUAAGCUACAACACAAUUUAGUAUAAUUUCUAUUCUACACAAUCAAUUUAUCUGUGAUUCGAAGACUUGUCGAUUAAUUUCAUUUGAAAAUUCUCCAAUUGGCUCCUUUGCUUUAAUAUUAUUAUAUAAGUAGAGUGUAGAGCUGCUGGUUUGGUCGGUCGAACGUUGGGGCUUAUGGGGGCCCAACUAUUCUUUGACUUUCGAGUCUACUAAGAGGGUGACGCAAUCCACAAUAGCUUUAAGUCUGUAACGAUCUAAUUUUAAUUUUAACUUUGUGUUUACGCCGCGAGAAGGAAACGAUUAUUUGCAAGUCUAAAAAAUUCACAAGGUUUAUAAAAACACAGUAAAAAAAAGAAGUGAAAUGAGGAAACUCACCUUCUUCAACGUAUCGAGGCGACAUUUUCACGUUCAAAUAAUUCUGCCAGAUGGUUAUUGCAAAGAAGGUAAUAUCAGAAAUAUUAAAAUUAAUGAAAAACCUCAAAAAUCAGUCCAUGAAAUUUGUUUGAAAAUACAAAGAUUCGUACAUCUCAUUAUAUUUUCAUGAAUAAUUUGCACUGGCAGAAUUAUAAUACAAUAUUUUCAUUGCCAAUUCAACGAGUGGCUAAAACGAUACGUUAUUUCCUUUUUUCUUCCUUUUUUUUUCUUUAAUCUUAUUAAUAUAAACGUUAUAUUGUCGAAAAUCUGAUAUGAUCAUGAAUAUCAUAAAUGUUAAACUCUA